AGGUUGCUGGGUAUUCAUUCUUAAACGAACUAGUUUGCCUUCAACCCUAACUGCCUGAGACACACAUUGUGUAGUGAACUCUCACCACGCAGCCAUGGCCGCGGAGCCGGACCCGAUGCGUGAGACUGGGCGCUAUGAGCGCGUCCAGUCGCUGGGCAAGGGCGCGUUCGGCUUCGUGCAGCUCGGACGCAACUUGCAGAAUGGCGAGCUUGCAGCGAUCAAGUUCCUGAAGCGUGGAGACGUCAACAAGUACGUGGAGUCCGAGAUUUUGAACCACAGUGUGCUGCGUCAUCCACAUGUUAUCCAAUUCAAGGAGGUCUUCUUGACCUCCGAGUAUAUCGCCAUCGCCAUGGAGUAUGCCACGGGCGGGAGCUUGUUCCACUACGUACAGAAGCAGACGCGGCUAAAGGAAGCGGUAGCGCGCUGGUUCUUCCAGCAGCUCAUCAUCGGCGUGGACUACUGCCACAAACGGGGUGUCGCCAACCGCGACAUCAAGCUGGAGAACACGCUGCUGCAAAAGGUUAACGGGCUGCCGCUGCCGCUGCUCAAAAUUUGCGAUUUCGGGUACUCAAAGGCGGACUUCAAGUCGGCGGCCAAGAGCAAGGUGGGCACGCUGACCUACAUGGCCCCCGAGGUGCUGGUCAACCGGGACGGCAAGUACGACGGAAAGGUCGCGGACAUCUGGUCUUGCGGCGUGAUGCUGUACGUCAUGUUCUACGGCCGCUACCCCUUCGAGACGCCGGCGGGCAGUGCCAUGCCCAAGGCCACGGAGAUCCUGGCCAUGCUGGACAACAUGGUGCGCCAGCGCUACGAGCUGAGCCCGCACGUGGAGAUCAGCGACCAGGGCAAGGACCUUCUGCGCAAGAUGCUGCUGCCCGACCCCAAGCAGCGCAUCACGCUGGAGGCGGUGAUGACGCACCCCUGGUUCACAACCAACCUGCCGCCCGAGGCCGCCACCAUGAACGACUCCUACCUGCGCGCCGGCUUCCCCGCCGGACACCAGUCUCCGGAGGACAUCAAGCGCAUCAUCGAGGAGGCCAAGGGACACAGGCACACCGUGGCGGCGGCGCCCAGGCCGGGCGCACCCGCAGGCGAGGACAGCGUGGACAGCCUGAUGGAGAGCGCCAUCGCGGAGGACCUGCGCACCCACCAGUCCGCCGAGCUGCAGCAGUUCGUGCAGAACUACCGCUGAGAGGGGGCGGAGCUGGGGGGGGGAGCGGAGGCGGGGAGCUGGGCGGAGCUGAGUGCAGCAGUCCGUGCAGACCUGCCGCUCAGGGGGGCCCACUGCAGCAGGUGGCGGGGGCCGGGCUGCUGCCGAGCGGGGGGGGGGCACGUGAUGGACCUGGGGCGCCGUGGAGCCGGACGAGGAGGCGAGGAGGCGGGAGGACUGGGGCAGGCGUCUGGGCGGGCGCCAGGGGCGGCGGGUGCCGCCAGGGGCGGCGGGCUACAAUGGGAUGGAGCGGCCCCCCGGCCCCGCAGCCCGAGGGCAGAGCCCUGCAGUGGAGGCAGCAGCAGGCGCAGCCUCUGCACGGGCGGGCGGCGCCAGGCUCCCAGCGGGUGGAGGAGGAGAAGGAGGAGGAGCCGCCGCCACCGCCGCCGCCGCCGCGCGUGAGGGCCGGUGCGGAGCGCAAGGUCAGGAGGAGCGGCCGCGGAGAGCAGCAGCCGAUAGCGGGAGCUGUAUGCGAAGCCGUGGAGCUGUGGACGGCGCACGCGGUGCGCGCGCGGAGGCCCGAGCUGUGGGAGCCUGGGGCGCGGAGGUUCUGCGGGGCCUUUCCUGCGGGCUAGGGCAGGGCAAGGCAGGCCAUAGGGCAGGGCAGGCCAUGGGCAACGCCGCCCCCGGGCGUCGUGUGAUAUGUGUAUUAAUGUACGUGCUGCUAUGUUUGUGUGUUUAUGGGCGUGCGAGGUGUGUGUUGCGCGUUGCAGACUGCUCGGAUGCUGGGACUGGUCAGGGACUCAGGGCUUCAAUGCUUUGUAUUUUGGGCUUUAAGGUGCCGCUGGGUGCUGCAGAUGGCGUGUGGGUGCAGGCGCUGUGACGGGGGUCUGAUGAAGUGAUCACUAGUAACCCCCCGGGCGGUCGAGGGAGCACGCUGGCUGGAGCUGAGCUCAGCUCAGCGCAGAGCUGAGCUGAGCUGGGCGCGCAUGUGGCGCGAAGCCUCAUUGGCUGUGGUGGCUGGAGAGUGUGUCGUGCAGGACAGAUCGGAGCCAUUGUGCGACACUUCGACUGCGGCGUGUCGCGUGUUGGUCGGCCCUGCUGCGGCGGCCGCCCAUCCUGCAAAUGGCAUCAUGUGUAACUGCGGCGCAAG